AUGGCGUGCGCAGUCCCCACCCAGAUGAUCAUCCUGCCCAUCCAGGAAAACAUCCCGAUCGACGUGCCCUCUAGCAAAGAAGGCCAGAUCUGGUCCCAGGUGCUGAACACCUUCGAGAGCUGGCCGGGUUUCAAGCGCCUCUACUGGGGACGAAAAGUCGAGCAGCCGACACAAGUACAUCUGCAUAUCAAUAACCUGCACCAGCACUACGCGCUGAUCGCCUCACCCGAAUGGCAGCAAAUCAUCCAAGCCCUAAAGCCUCUGGGCGUCAACAAAGCCACCGAUCUCACCGUCCGCCAUGCCAUGAUCUCGGAGUUCUCGCCUAAUCCCCGAGCCCUGGGCAAUGGCGCCCCCGUCAGCGGUACGGCCAUUUAUCUGACUCCUGAUCCGGGGGCAUGGGAGAAGAUGUGGUCACUAUGGACCAGCAUCGUGGUCAACAUCCCCGGCUGCAUUGGCGUGACGGGUGGGUGGAUGGUGGAACCGGUGGAAGGUACGAGCCCCUGCUAUGUGGUGUAUGUCGGCUGGGAGAGCAUUGAGAUCCACGAUGCCUACCAUGAAACCAAGGAUUUCCGGCGUAGAGUGAAUAUCCUGCGCGAGCAUAACAAGGGGUUCCGGGAGUAUGGACAUAUUGCGUUUGCGCACUCGCGGAGUCGGCGGGAGGCACAUCUUUAG